UAUAAAAUGCCAGCCCCUGUCACAGGCAGGAGGCACAAGAAGCUCAACCUCACCAGGAUCCACAGCAGGAAGGGAGAGCCAAAGCAGGAUGAAGCUUUUCGUGGGCGUCCUAUUGUGCUCCCUGGUCCUGGGCGUCAGCAGCCAGGGAUGGUUCACAUUCCUCAAGGAGGCUGGGCAAGGGGCUAAAGACAUGUGGAGAGCCUACUCUGACAUGAGAGAAGCCAAUUACAAAGAUUCAGACAAAUACUUCCACGCCCGGGGGAACUAUGAUGCCGCACAGAGGGGACCUGGGGGCGCUUGGGCGGCAAAAGUGAUCAGCGACGCCAGAGAGCAUACUCAGAGGUUCACAGACUUAUUUAGGCAUGGAAACAGCGGCCACGGAGCAGAGGACUCGAAGGCUGACCAGGCUGCCAAUGAAUGGGGCCGGAGCGGCAAAGACCCCAACCACUUCCGACCUGCUGGCCUGCCUGACAAGUACUGAGCCUCCUCUUUGCUCUGCACUCAGCACAGGGGCUGGGAGGCCCCCGAGGGCAGAGACACCGAGUCAUUGAGUUCUCUGUCCACAGAUGCUGAUGAAGGGCACCUAACAGGUGUCUAAUAAAUCCUUAAGAGAUUGUUGAAAAA